UAGAAACGGCAGGUCUCUUCGUGCGCUCAGUGAGCGACUGCAGCUGGAGGAGAGACAAUAACAGCGACGCGUGCACAGUAUCCUCAUUUGGACUUGCUAUGGACCAGCAGCACGAUUUAUUGAGCUCCUCGCCCAAUAGCCACACGGCUCACUACAACUCUAGCGAUACCAUGGCAACCUCCCUUUCUGGAAUGACCAUCAACGAUCAUCACCAUGGCAACCAGUUCCAUAAGGAGAUUGGAAUUGCGGUGGGGCUUGUGAGACCAGGGGACUGUCCAAUGAAAGAAGAGUUUUCAGAAGAACGGGUGGAUGUUGAGCUCAGUAGUGCUGAAGGCACCUCCUCUGCUGAGGAGAAGCAGUGUGAAAGCCCCCAAGAUUCAAGACAGGAAGAGAAAGAAGAUCAGUCCCAGCCUGCUGUGGAAGUGACGAGCGCUGGAGGAACGGCACCCGCAGCUCAGUCCAAGACCAAUGGUGAUGCAGAGAAGAGGACCCCUAAAAACAGUAAAGUCAGACCCUCCUCCCAUAAAACGUCUUCCUCCAUCCCGAAAAAGGCCUUGGCCUCCUCUAGUAGAUCUCCCUCAGUACCUGCCACCAGUUCUGGACCCAAAGAAUCCAGGCCAAGAGUGAGUACAGCGGCUGGUGUCGGACCCCGUGUCUUGCUGCUGCUGUGGAGAAUGGUACAAAUUCUUGAUCAGAAGGUGGAUUUCAGUAAUGUUCAGUCUAAGUGUGGCUCCAAAGCCAACCUCAGGCAUGUACCAGGAGGUGGAAAUGUGAAAAUUCUUGAUCAGAAGGUGGACUUCAGUAAUGUCCAGUCAAAGUGUGGCUCCAAAGACAAUUUGAAACAUGUACCGGGAGGUGGCAAUGUGAGUAACUAUGGGAUGAACUCAACACCCUCUGUCUUGGUUCUUCCUGAAGUUAUGAACAUUUGUGGAAACCUUGUAUAA